AUGUCACGGCGGGAGAUGUAGUCUUGCAGGCGCCGCACAGCUGGUUGGGAAUACUCUCAGGUGACCCGCCCCUUCAUGUCGUCACUUCCGGCGCUGGGGCGCGAAGUUUGAAUGACGUCAUUUUUCUGGUUCCCUGACGUCUCCUCAGGUAAAAAAUGCCAAAGUCGAGAGCCAAACAGAAGGAAUCUGCUCAGGAUGUCGCUGACAAGUUAUUGUCUCUUCCCGACCGACUGAGAGAGCGACUGCUUCCUUUCCAGAAGGAAGGCAUCCUGUUUGCGCUGCAGAGGCAGGGAAGGUGUAUGAUUGCGGAUGAGAUGGGUCUUGGAAAAACCAUACAGGCAAUCGCUGUGGCUUACUGCUACCGGGAAGAAUGGCCACUUCUCAUUGUUGUUCCGUCUUCCUUGAAGUAUCCAUGGAUUGAAGAAAUGGAGAAAUGGAUCCCAGAGCUGGGACCAGAGGAUAUUACAGUCAUCGAAAACAAGACAGAUGUCGGAAUGAUCUCGACAUGUAAGGUGACUGUUUUGGGCUACGGACUAUUGACGGCCGAUGCCAAGCUCCUGAUCGAUGCCCUGUAUAAACAACGCUUCAGGGUGGUUUUAGUGGAUGAGUCUCACUAUAUGAAAUCACGGAACGCGUCUCGGAGUAAACUUCUGCUGCCAAUUGUUCAGAAAGCGACAAGAGCUCUUCUCCUCACCGGGACGCCGGCUCUUGGAAGACCCGAGGAGCUUUAUAUGCAGAUCGAUGGGCUGUUCCCCAGACACUUUGGAACGUGGACUGAAUAUGCCAAGAAAUACUGUAACGCACAUGUCAGGUACUUCGGCAAUAGGACUCAGUGGGAUUACAGAGGAGCCUCCAAUUUAGAUGACUUACACCAGCGAUUAAGCAGCAUCAUGAUCAGACGGCUGAAGAAUGAGGUUUUAACUCAGCUCCCACCCAAAAUCAGACAGCGUAUCCCCUUCGAUCUGCCGAAAGAUGUGGCCAAGGAAAUGAACACAAGUUUUGAAGAGUGGGAAAAACUGAUGAGAUGUCCAGAAUCUGUUUCUUCAGAUUCCGGGAACCCCUUUGUUCAGGUCAUGGGUAUGAUCACCCGAAUGUUUAAGCAGACAGCUCUGGCUAAGGCUGGAGCAGUGAAAGACUACAUUAAGAUGAUGUUAGAAAAUGAGAAGCUGAAGUUCUUGGUGUUUGGGCACCAUCUCUCCAUGCUCCAGGCCUGCACAGAGGCCGCUAUAGAGAGCAAGGCCCGUUACAUCCGAAUAGAUGGGAGCGUGCCAUCUGCCGAGAGGAUUCACCUGGUUCAUCAGUUCCAGAAUGACCCGGACACCCGUGUAGCUAUUCUUAGCAUUCAAGCUGCUGGUCAGGGGCUGACGUUCACGGCUGCCACACACGUUGUGUUCGCCGAGCUAUACUGGGAUCCAGGUCACAUCAAACAAGCGGAGGACAGAGCCCACCGCAUCGGGCAGAGCUGCUCCGUGCACAUCCAUUAUCUGAUUGCUAAAGGGACCCUGGACACCCUAAUGUGGGGCAUGCUGAACCGCAAGGCAAACGUUACCGGUAGCACUCUAAAUGGCAAGAAGGAAAAGAUUCAGGCUGAAGUAGACGAUGAGGAGAAAUGGGACUUCUUGAGUUUUGCCAAGUCAUGGACUCCGAAUGAAGAACUUGAUGACACUAAAGACCAGCUCUUUACUCACUUUGAGAAAGACAAGCAGCAUGACAUCCGUUCCUUUUUCUCGCCCAAACCCGAUGCUGAAAAAAAGCGCAAGAGAACUGAUGGGGAAGAAGAAUGCGUUGAUUUAGCUGGGGAGAUAGACGGCAAAGCUAUGGAAGAAGUGUUUGCCACUGAAGCCAAAGUCACGUCGGACAGCAGUGAAGUCGUCGAUGUCGAUGCCCUAUUUCCUGAUGAAGACUUUGAACAGGAAGCCAAACGUUUCCGACUGUCAGGCAGCCAGACCCCCAAGUCUACCCCAAAAUCUACCCCUAAAAGUGCCAACUCUGGAAAGAGAAAGUCUUGGAGUGGCAAACCUUGUACUUUGUUUUCUUCACCUAAAACGCGUGGUCUCUCUGAAGGAGCCUUACUUACUCCUCCAAGACCUCCACUCUCCGAGAAGCACUGGAACUGCCCGGCCUGUACAUACACCAACAAUUCCUUGAUGCCCUAUUGUGAGAUAUGUGAAAGUCCUAGGAACAAAAGAGGUUCUGAGAAGCCGGCCCAGGCUGCGAGUGUAUCCUGCAUUCAAGAGGAGAAAGAAAAUCAAAGUCAGAGUGAUGGGGAUAAUGAGCUUGUCGACUGCGCCCUGCAGGAGUCGCCCCCCGCUCCACAAAGUGACUUACAGGGGGAUAAUUUACUAAGCAUCGAAAACAACAACUCCGAAGCCCACCCGGGGGAGGAAUCAGCAGCUACUGAACCAGAACAUUGUCACAACUCCACUUGUUUUCCUGUGUAUGAUGGAUUAAUGUUCUGUGCCAGCAGGCAUACGGAUCGCAUCUAUUUAUAUAGCAAGGACGCAGAGCCCAUGAACUGUAAUUUCAUUCCUUUGGAUAUUAAAUUGGAAAACUGGGAUGAUUUACCUGAAGCCAUGCAGCAGAGGCCGAACCGAUCCUUGAUCCUCAGGUUUGUCAGAGAAUGGAACAGUUUGACAGCGAUGAAGCAGAGGAUAAUCCGUAAGAGCGGCCUGAUCUUCAGCAGCCCCACUCUAGCCGCGGGAGAACUCUCGAAGCAGCACUCAACGCACAGCAGCACCAAGAGGUACCUGACCAAAGAAGAUGUCGCUGCCGCCUCAUUAAGCAAAGUUCAGAGCAGCGGGGGAAGCGUGAGGCUUGUCAGCAGGGAGCCAACGUUGUCCGUCAAAGAAAAGGUGUCUGCGGGUGCAGCUGCGGGACCCCCCACGCGGACAGAAGAUCAGAAUAGCGCCGGGUGCCCGCCGGAGGACGCCGAAGGUAAAGGCUACCUGCAAGCGGUGGACAGCGCCGGGAACCCUCUGUGCGUAUUCUGCCAGGAACCCUGCUCCCGCAUCACGGCGCAGAAACUAUCGGCGGCGGAGGCGGCCUGGGAUAGCCGAUUCUGCAGCCGGAAGUGUCAGGACGAUUUCCUGAUCCGCUCCAAUCAGGGUUACAUGAGGGCGAAAGUGUUCGAGACGGAGCACGGCGUGUGCCAGCAGUGCUGCCUGAACGCGCAUGAGCUGUUCCUGAGCGUGCGGGACGCCCCCGUGAGUCAGCGCAAGGGACUGCUGGAGAGUACGUGGAUGGCGCAACUCCCGCUAGAUCAGUUAAAUGAGCUGAUCCGGAGCCCCUCAGAGGGCCAGUUCUGGCAGGUGGAUCACAUCAGACCCGUGUACGGCGGAGGCGGACAGUGCGCCCUGGACAACCUGCAGACCCUGUGCACCGUGUGUCAUAGAGAGAGAACAGCCCGUCAAGCGAAAGAGAGGAGCCGAUCCAAGAAACUUUCCGUGGCCUCCAAGUAUGGAUCCGACAUCACCAAAUUCUUUACCAAAGCUUAAUGUGUCUCCUUCUUGUGUCACCGUCAUCUUGUAUCCGUCAUGUACUUGUUUUCUAACGCUCUGAAUUAUGGAUAAAAAUAAAAGAGAUUUGUUUUGUUAUAUUUUAAUACAGCUUUAGUCUAAACCGUGAUUCUAGAAAAAUAAAAAACGCCAAAAAGUGAGUAUUUGUGCUUCCGUGCUCCAAUUGUCGACGCUCUCUCUCCCCCUCUCACAGCAGGAAGGCCCAGCAUGAUUUCAUGUAGGUGAGGAGGAGGAGGAGGAUGACCAGGAGGAUCAGUA